CAAAGGGGCGUAUUUUUCAAGCCAUCUUGACUGAAUAUUUAGCCUCAUCCAAGGAACAUUAAUUUGAUAUCUUCGGGAUUUUGCUGCCCUUAAGUUGUGAACCCGCAUCGUUUGAAAGGUUUAAACCAUAACUAUGGAACCGGGUCGAGUUUGUGUGUUUGGCCGAAGUCACAGCGGAGAAGUGAAGCGGUGAAGAUGACGCUAUCGCUCCUGAAAUUACCGGCUAGCUAAGCUAACGGCUAGCAUGUCCGCCUUGGCUGUAGUCUGUCACUAGCUGACAUUUAGCUAGGGUGCAGUUAUUCUGAUUUGACACUCGCACUGCAGAGGACGAUUUCACAAGGGAGCUGGUGUAAACUCCCAUGCGGAAGGUGAGGAGGUGGGAAUGUGACACAGUUGUUAGCGGACUCAACAUGGGUAGGGGUCGAGGCAGAGGGAGAGGGAGGGGCAGGGGGUCAUCUGGCCAGUUGCGGUCCCCCUCGCCCUACAGACUGCAGCUCUCUCCAUCCAGGGAAACUUUGACGUACGCUCAGGCACAGAAAAUAGUGGAAGUGGACCUAGAGGGAAGGCUCCACCGGAUUAACAUCACAGAUCCUCUGCCGGUUAUUACGGAGGACGAGAUGAUGGCCCAGGAUAUUGCUGAGUGCAACAGCAACAAGGAGAACAGUGAACAAACACAGAGUAAAACUAGAUCGUGGAGGAAGCCCUCAAACAGUAAAAGCAGGAAGAGUGGGAAAAAUACGUCUCACCAGAACCAACGGUCUGGCUCACAGCAGCACACAGGACCUGCUAAUUCCUUCCAGCACCCGUCCCAACAAAGCCCUCUGCCUGAGCCCACCUUUCGUGUGCUGAGUUCAGUUUGCCCCUCUGAGGCGCCUCCUCUCCCAGCAGCCUAUUAUCGUUACAUAGAAAAGUCACUGGAGGAACAGGACAGUGUGGCUGAGUACGACAUGGACGAGGAGGACCUGGCCUGGCUGGAGAUGGUUAACCAAAAGAGGGUGACUGACGGCCAUGCCUCAGUACCUCCAGACACAUUUGAACUGCUGAUUGACCGCCUGGAGAGGGAAUCCAUCCUGGAGUCCCGCAACCAGGCGCUGUCCCAGAGUGCCGUUGACGAGGAUGCUUUCUGCUGCGUCUGCUUGGAUGACGAAUGUCUGAACAGUAAUGUCAUCCUCUUCUGUGACAUCUGCAACCUGGCCGUCCACCAGGAGUGUUACGGUGUGCCCUACGUACCGGAGGGUCAGUGGCUGUGCCGCUGCUGCCUGCAGUCCCCUUCCCGUCCUGUAGACUGUGUGCUCUGUCCCAACCGAGGAGGUGCCUUCAAACAGACAAGUGAUGGACGUUGGGCCCACGUUGUCUGUGCCAUAUGGAUCCCGGAGGUGUGCUUUGCCAACACUGUGUUUUUGGAGCCUGUUGAGGGGGUCAAGAACAUCCCUCCUGCUCGCUGGAAGCUCACCUGCUACCUGUGUAAGCAGAAAGGCAGGGGGGCAUCCAUUCAGUGCCACAAAGCUAACUGUUACAGGGCAUUUCAUGUCACCUGCGCCCAGAAGGCCGGCCUGUUUAUGAAGAUAGACCCAGUCCGGGAGACGGGUGUCAACGGUACCACCUUCUCUGUGAAGAAGACUGCCUUCUGUGAGCAUCAUUCUCCAGUGGGGUCUCGGCGGGACGGCUCUGGAGACGAGUCGGUUGAAGGGAGACUGGUGGGAGGCAGGGGUAACCGGGGUCAAAGGUCCUACACUCAAAGCCCCCCCUCACCACCAAGUAAGAAGGCUACCAAGGGCCAGAAGAAGAAGAAUACAAAAGGGUUUGGUGGGUCGACACGCCGCUCAACUGUGCCUGUGCUGCUCGUGCCUCAGAUCCCUUCUCACAGGCUGAACAGGAUCUGCACAGGUGUUGAAGUCCAGAGGAAAAAUCAGUUCAUGCAGAGGCUUCAUAACUACUGGUUACUGAAACGACAGUCACGAAAUGGGAUGCCUUUAAUACGCCGACUUCAUUCCCAUCUACAGACCCACAGGACUGCAGAGCAGAAGGAGCCUGAUGAGAAGCUGUGUGCUGCGAGAGAGGAGUUACGGUACUGGCAAAAGUUGAGGCAAGACCUGGAAAGGGCGCGGCUUUUGGUGGAGCUCAUCCGCAAGAGAGAGAGGCUAAAGAGAGAACAGAUGAAAAUUCAGCAGGCUGCUCUUGAAUUGAAGUUGACCCCUGCGUUGGUGCUCCUGCGAUCCACCUUGGACCAACUGCAAGAGAAGGACACUGCAAAAAUCUUCUCUCAGCCGGUCAAUCUAUCAGAGGUCCCAGAUUACCUGGAGUUUAUUUCCCAACCCAUGGACUUCUCCACCAUGCGUACCAAACUGGAGGGACAUGCCUACUGCUCCAUCGCGGACCUAGAGAAGGAUUUUGAACUUGUGAUCUCCAACUGUCUGAAGUACAACUCCAAGGACACAAUGUUUCACAAGGCAGCCUUACAACUGCGGGAGGUGGGUGGAGCCGUUCUCCGUCACGCCCACAGGCAGUCUCAGAGCAUCGGCCUGGACCCCACCACUGGGAUGCACCUCCCAGAGACUCUGAACAAACAUGGUUUUUACCACUGUACGUGGGACGACGUGGACUCUCUCUUGGACCCAGAGAACAGACUGCACUUAACCACAGACGAACAGCUGAAGGCCUUACUGGACAAACUGGACAUGGUUACAUCCAUGCGUACCAGUGGCGGUCGAACCAAACGCAUUAGGCUGCUGCGCCGAGAGAUCAACAAUCUCAGACAGAAGAUGAACCAUCAGCAGCAAAACUCUCAGUCUGUGAACGGCAAUGACAAGGAGGAUGAAGGAGAGGAGGAGGAGGAGGAGGAGGAGGAGGAAGAAGAGGAGGACGAGAAGAAAAAAGAGAAGACAAAAGUUGUUGAUAAUGGACAUCUGUCAGCGGUGUCCAACUCUGGGACAGAUGACUCUCCUCCCGUGCUAGAACUUACCUGCCCAGUAUCAUCGCCGCUGCCAGGAGAUGCUCCCCUGGAACCCCCUGUCCUGGGCAUCGUAACUGGAGGGCGAAGGUCACCCGGACGCUCCUACAAGCGUCAGAGGUCAUCCCGCAGUGGAAGCAAAAGCCAAGGUGAAGAUGAGGCUGAAGUCGGUGAAACGCCAUCUUCACAACCAGAGGCUGUUCACGAGGUCACUCCGCUGGGGACCCCGACUCUGCCUUUGGUUGGAGUUGGUCGCCGCACAUCAGUUCUGUUUAAGAAAGCUAAAAAUGGGGCACGAAUGGCAAAGAACAAGUGCCCCCCACAGCAAAAUGGGAAAACAUCUGAGGAUAAAACAAACGGGUUGGAUAGCACCCCCGCCAGCCCCAAAUCACCCAGUGUGACCAACAUCACCACCUUACCUCCCACUCCAAACGCUUCUCCUACACCCCCCUCUCCUUCCUCACACCACCUGAGGUCCAGAGGCCACAGCUCAGAGAGUGAAGCAGACAAACUUCCUCCACCACCCAGAGACAGAGGCCUGACAAAUGGAAAACUCACCUCUGCAGACUAUGAUGAUGACGACCAAAAACUAAACUGUAGUGUCCCCCCACCCAAACGAAGUCGUGGUAAACCUGCACUUGCUAAAGUUCCCAGCAGUGAGAACGGAGACAUCACUGGGUCUGGAAAGUCUACACUUCUGUCUUUAGAUAGUGAGACUGAGCUUUCACCCCUGGACCUAGUUUGGGCCAAAUGCAGAGGAUAUCCAUCAUACCCGGCAAUGAUUGUUGACCCAGACAUGCCCCAGGAAGGGCUUCUUCACAACGGCAUUCCCAUUCCAGUGCCUCCUGUGGAGGUGCUCAAACUAGGCGAAUGGAGGGAAACAGAAGAAGGCGAAAAGCUCUUCUUAGUGCUUUUCUUUGACACCAAAAGAACUUGGCAAUGGCUCCCUCGGAACAAACUACUGCCGCUGGGGAUGGAUGACACUGUGGACAAACUGCGCUUAAUGGAAGGCAAGAAACCCAGUGUUCGCAAGUCUGUACACACUGCAUACGACCGGGCCAUGGUACAUUUAAACCACGUGAGAGGAAAUCUAAACUUCACUCCCUCCAAUUUUAUAUAAAGUAGUUUCAAGAUUUAAUCACUUUUAAACAGGUCGCCUGCUUAUGUGUCUAGAAGCUUAAUCAAUGCUAGCCACAGUUGUUGGUAUUUGAAGGUUUUCUGCAUAAAACUGUUAUUUUAAAAUGGAGAGAAAUCAUGCUGGAAAACAUCUUCCUAGAUGAAUUUGUUCAUUUAUUCAUGUAAUUUUUAAAAAUUACACAACCACUGUUGGGAUCGUGUUAAUAUAAAGUUUUUAUUUUAGGCCAAAGUGAGUCAAGACUUGCGUGAGAAAAGAGUGUAAAUAUUUAAUUGUCAAAGGGAUUGUCUUGAUUCAAAACAUAUUUAGAUUGUAUUUGCCAUUGAAAUGUCACUGUGUUUGAAGUGUGAAAGUUCCACUUAAUGUUCACGUCACAUCUGGACUCUAGGGAAGUUUGGCUGUGACAGCUGUGGAGGAAAAUUAUAAUUUUUGCCGUCAGAAAAUAAUUUUCUAAUUCUAAGCAAUGUCAGUAAUAUUACAUAAACAUUUGAUUCCCAAAAUAAAUGUAAAAGGCACCAAGCUUAAAAAAACCCCAACCUUUUCUUCAGAUCCUACCUACCACUGAGUAGGAUCCAGCCUUUGAGUUACUACUGAUAAUAAACAGCAUUAUUCAAAAGGAAAUGCAUCAAACCUGCAGGAUAUGCACAUUUUAUGUCAACAAUUCUGGGAAUUGCUCAGUUGAUACAACAAGAUGGGAAUCAAUAGAAGUAUUGAGGGGCUGCCAAUGCAAACAUUCUUGAACUGUUAGUCCAGCUAUGAUGUGUUGUAUGUGGGACUUUAAAGGUCUUUUACUUAUUUUUCCAUAUUGUGAAACUGUAUUAUUAUACUAGAAUGUCUGAGUACCCAGUGCAGCUACUUGGUUAGUAAGAUGUGAAGCCACUAUAGAAGUGAAGCUGAUUGUUUUGUGGUCAUGACAGAGUCUACUGCGAUCACUCACAGAACUUGCAAUCGUUAGCAAAUCUGUCUGAAAUGACUUGAAAAGCACAAAUGGUCUGUCUAAAAAAAACAACAACAACAAAUGUGUAGGAUUGGUUGACUCCUGGAGCCAUAUAAAUGGCAAAAACGUGUGUGUGCGCGUGUGUGUACAGUAUAUACAUAUAUGAAUACAACCUCGGUGUAGUAAAGGUGCAUGUGUAUAGUUUUGUAAAUAUGUAAAUGUAUGUUUAUAUUGGCUUACAUGAAGUAAUUUAAGGAAUGCAAAAAUCAAAUUUAGAUUUUAAUUUAUAAUGUGGCAGUUGAGAGUGUUAUUUAAAAAGUAUAAUAUUGAAAAGAUUUAUGUAUGAUGCUAAGUAGCUCUUUGUAAUAGUGAUGGUAUUCACCAACAUGUCAGAACAUAUUCUGUAGAAGUGAGGUGGCACAAGACCUGAACUCUGUAGGCAGCAGUGAGCGCACUAGUCUACGAGUUUAUUUUGUUUGUUUGUUUUUCUUGGGUGGCACGGGAGGUUUUUGAUCUUGUCAUUUGAAUUGUACUGCAAGAUCUAUAAUCUGCCUGAGACGAUAUUUUCUCACACAAGAAUAAAUGCUGUUUGAAACAA